AUGAGUUUAGAAACAUUGAAUGGAAUUGAGUAUUUAGGGGCUCAUUUAAAAGUACAAUAUAAAUUUGAUUUAGUUCAAAGUACCAGGUUAUAGAGAGAAAUCAGAUGGUCAUGUUUAUUAUAGAAUUGUAGUAUAAUUCACAUUGGUUGAGCCAUUCAAAAGAAUUGAUUUUGAAUAUACUUAUGAGAAUUGUCUUACUCUUUUUAAGACAUUAUCUUAAUAAUGUCCUGAUUUACCAUAAUUACCAGGAAUAGGAUUAUUUGGAUUCAAACCAAAUGGAUUUGAUACAGAAAAAAGAAGAGUAGAUUUGGAGAAAUGGUUAGGAGCAUUAGUUUGGAGAUGUGAUGUAUUAGGAAGUGAAAGCUUUUAUAAUUUUUGUAAUGUAAACAAUAAGAAUAUAAUAUGAUUAGUUGAGUUAGGUGCUUGAUAAAAAAUGGUUAAAAUAGCCAGAUUGUAUAUUGAAAUUUAAUUAUGGACAUUCAUUUCCAGUUUAAGACUUUUUUUAUGAGCCAGACACAUAAGUUUGUUUUGUAUUAACGACUGAUGAUUCAAUCGCAAGUAAAAUGUAAGGGUUAAUGGGAAUAUUUGGUAAAUCAUUAAAACCUACAUUUCAUUCUUAAUUAAUUGGUUAUAGAUUGGAUGUUGAUAAUAAUGAAGAACCAAUCACUUAAACUUUAUGGACAAUAUAAUAUUAGUAGAGAGGAACAAUGAUAAAAUGGGAUGAGAAAUUAACUAUAUUAGGUAUUGGUUUUGAUGAUGGUCAUAUAAUUUGUUUAAGAAUAGCCACUAAUAAAAAGUAUUAAGAAUAUUCAGAAUUCUGCUACAUUCAUAAACACACAUAAUCAGUCAAUGGAAUAGAAUUUAAUAGUUUGACUGGUCAUUGUUAUAGUAUUAGCAAAGAUAAAUGUUUGAUAACAACAGAUUUAGCUAAUCCUAGUAGUAUUUUAAAAGGUAUUCUCAUUUAUUAAAUAAUAGAAAAGGAAUUUGUAAAUGAAUUAACUUGUUUAACAACAAAUCAAUAUCGUUUAUUUGUUGGAGAUAAUGUAGGAAGUAUUUAUAUCUUCUCCUUUGAAAAUGGUCCAUUGCAUGCUGUUCAUUAGAUUAAAUAGGAUGUUGUAAUGUAAUUGACUUCAAUUCAAUAUUGCCCUAUUAAAAAUUAUCUUAUUUGCGGAAGUAAAGAAGGUUACUUAAGUGUAUUUGAAAUUGGUAAAUAAGGAAAAGAGAAAAGUACUAAUCAAAUAACUUUAUUAAAAACUAUUCCAAAUAAAGUUGUACAAUUUUCAAUUAGCACCAAAGAAAUAUAUGUUAAUUAUGGAAAUUGUGUUAUAAUCUUAGAAUCAACAAAUAUGAAAUAUUUAUAUUCUCUUGAAGCUCAUAAUAAAGAUAUCACUAAAAUACAAUUGUUUGAUUCCAUAGGACUCUUAAUAACAAGUAGCAAAGACAACACAGUUAAAUUUUGGCAAUAUAAAUAUUUCCCACAUCUUCUAUUAAACAAUGAUAUCCUUCCACUUCGAAAAGAACCAGUUGCAGAACAUAAGGUUACUAUUAGACAAUAAGGUGGUGAACAAAACAGAUAAUCAGUUUAGUUAUAAUAAUAAUAAUAAAUGAAACCAGAAUUAGAAGAUUUAGAUCAUUGGCAAUGAU